CUUGCAGGAUAUGAGAAUGUUGCCAAGGCAUAUGACUGCCGAGCGACGCUGGUGUUCAAUCACGUCUCCUAUACCGAUGGCAUCAUGUUGGGCGCUUUCUUCCUGCCCUGCGGCCUGGCCAAGGCCUCUGUGGCAGACAUCCCCUUCUUUGGCGCUUUCGCAAAGCUUGCAGCCCCGGAUAUCCAAUCUGCACCUACUUUCAAAUUGAACAAGGCCUGUCUGGGAGAGCUCAGUAAAAGGAGCUUUGAUUGCAGGUUCCCGCUCUUUGCUAUCGCCCCAGAGGGCACGUGCAAGCAGCACAAUGUGCUGUUGAAAUUCUCGUCCGGGGCCUUUGUGAGCGGCCGCCCAGUGCUCCCUGUCCUUCUGAAGUACAGAUCAAAGCACUUUCACCAGGGAUGGGGCCGUGUGCAGAGCUCCUUCUGGCACUUCUUGCGCGGGCAGACGCAGUUCAUAAACCUGGCAGACAUUGAGGUGCUGCCGCCGUACAUGCCCUCGGCCGAGGAGCGCGCGGAUCCGCGGCUGUACGCGGAGAAUGUGCGCCGGCUGAUGGCUGAGAGGUUGGGCGCGCAGCUGAGCCCG